AUGCAGAGCCUGUGGUCCCUUCUCCUGUACCUGUGUGGGCUCCUGGCAGAUGCCUUCUCCCUGUGUGAGACGCCAGCGAAGCUUCAUGCCAAUGAGCUGGACCGAGACCAGUACUGUGGCACAUGGUUCUUCAUAGCGGCAGCUUCGUCAUCUCCCUCUUCUCUGGAGACCUUCACCACUGCUGACGGCAUCAUGUUUCGUAUGACCCAGAGCAACGACCCAGAGCGGCUGCAGCUGAGAGCUGCCAUCCGACUGAAGACAGGCCAGUGUGUUCCCCGGUCAUGGAUCUACUUGCUUACGGAGCAGAGUGCUGAUCUGGCUACAGAAGGCCGGCCCCACAUGCAGACGGAGUUGUUCUCUGCUGACAAGGUACCAGUGUACGGCCCAGCACUGUUCCCUUGGUGCAGAAGCCCACGGUAG